AUGCCUGAAAGAGAGGCUCAAGCCCCAGUAGGCCGGGGGCUGCCCUCGGACGUACUGGCAGAGCAGGUGGAGCUGUGGUGGUCCCAGCAGCCACGGCGCUCGGCUCUUUGCUUUGCUGUGGCCGUGGUCCUGGUGGCAGGCUGUGGGGCCGGUGGUGUGGCCCUGUUCUCCUCUACCAGCAGCCGCUCGGGUGAGUGGAGGCUAGCAUCAGGGACAGUGCUUUGUCUGCUGGCCCUGCUGGUGCUGGUGAAGCAACUGAUGAGCUCAGCUGUGCAGGAUAUGAACUGCGUGCGUCAGCUGCAUCACGUGGCCCUGCUGCGCAGCGGUGGAGGUGCCGAUGCCCUCGUGGUUCUGCUCAGUGGCCUUGUGUUGCUGGUCACUGGGCUGACGUUAGCAGGGCUGGCUGCUGCUCCCACCCCCACCCAGCCAUUAGCCACCAUGCUAUCAGUGGGCAUUGCUCUGGCUGCCUCAGGCUCACUCUUGCUGCUAGGCUUGCUGCUGUAUCAGGUAGGUGUGAGUGGACACUGCCCUUCCAUCCCAGCGACCGCUCCCUCCACCCACAGUGGUCAGGGUGGCAGCAGCAGCGUCUUCAGCAUCUCAGGACAACUGUCUACUGGCCAGCGUCACGAGACCACCUCCAGCAUCGCCAGCCUCAUCUGA